AUGUUAAAAUAUUUAAUCAUUACAUACUUUACGGUCUUAUUAUUAUAUCUGGAUAACUGCAGUCCUGAAAUAUUUUCUGGAAUCGCUGAUCUGAAUCAUGAAUCUGACUACUUUGCGAAGUUCUGCUUCCUAUCCAGUAACAGUUCUAUUCAGUUUGAAUUCGCUUUUCUGGAGAAUACUCUUCCUGUGAAAUUAAAAUCAUUUUGGGACGCUCCAAGAAUGUGGCUGGCAGCUUCACAAAGACCCCUGUUUUCUUGUUUUAAAAAACAAGCACUACUAAAUAGUUUAUCAGCAAAUCAACUAUUUCAUCUUGAUCCCUUCAUGGAUCGUUGGUGUCAACGAAUUAGUUUAUCCGAUAAAAUUUAUGAUGAAUUAAUGAUAAUUUCAAAUGAAAAACCAAUUAGUUGGGCAUCAAUUAUGACUACAGUGAUAAAGAAAAUAAGUGGAUAUUUUAACCGAUUAGAAGAAAUACCAGAAAGAAAAUUACCAACAAAUCAUACUUCAUACAACGGGACAACAGCACUGCCAUUAAAUGAAAUGAAUUUAACCGAUCUAAUUAGUGUUCGUGAAUAUCAACAAUCUCGAACUUGGUUCCCUGAAGUUAUAACAAUGGCAUGGUCAUAUUUUAAAUCAAAUAUUAGAAAUGAACAAGAUUCAUUUGUUUUAAGUCAAUGGAUUUAUUGCCAAUCUCCAAAUAUCCCAUUGAUUGUUAAUAGACCAUCAUGGUGGUUUUUUACAUUUGAUAGUUGUAAUGAAUUAAAGUUAGAUAAUAUAAUUGAAACUUCAAUGAAAUCACAACAAUUAUAUACAAAAAAUAAUAAAAUAGCUUAUCGUUUAACAUUAAAAAAUGGAGAAAAUGGUGAUCUAUUUCAUGAACAUUUCUCUUCACAAGAAUUUGGUAAACUGGAAAUUGAUUUAUUAUUUUUUAUAUUACUAGGAUCAUUGUUUAUAGUAGCAAAUCUGUUACUAUUUCGACUUUAUCGUUCAAAUCUAUUACAUCAUACAGUUGUAUUAUGGUAUACAUCAAUUAGUCUACGUUUUUUAGCUCAACUAAUUCAAUUAAUAGUGGAUAUAAAUUUUGCUAAAACAGGUUAUUUCAAUUCAUUCAAUACAUCUUUAGCUUAUUUAUUUUAUUCCGCUUCAAUUAGUUGUUUCUAUGCCAGUCUUGUGGUACUUGGUAGUGGUUUUACGAUAGUUUAUCAAACUGUACCACAUAAUCAUAUGAUUGCUUUUUUAAUUCUAUCCAUUUCUUAUGCAUUGAUCAAUUUAAGCUGUCAAAUAUCUAUGGGAUUAACACAUUACGAAGUUGGUAUAUUUAGUCGUUAUCAUUCACAAUCGGGUUAUGUCUAUUUAGGUUUACAAUUGUUCAGUUAUAUUGCCUAUCUAUUCAUUUGUUCAUAUACUUGUAUUAAAUGGUCUGGAAAAAGAAUUUUCUUUAUUCGAUUUAUGGCAAUUAGUUGUAUUUGGUUUUGGACUGUACCUUUAUGGAUUAUACUAAGUAUGAAUUAUAUUUAUACUUGGUAUAUGGAAACAUUAAUUCGUCUUAUAGAUGAAUUAAUUCAUUUUGCUGGAUUUAUCGUUAUGAUGGUUUUCUUAAGACCAGAUAAAACAAAUCUAAUAUUUCCAUAUCAUACUAGUGCAAUUUCAACAAUCAUAUCUAAAAAGAAAGAUGAUAAUGAUAAUUGGGAAACAAAACUAGUUACUGAAACUGUUAGCAGCACAUCGACAACAACAACAACAACAAAAUCACCGCAAUUAUCUAUUAUUCCUAUGAAGAAGAAUAUAGCACAAGCAGAUAAUAGCAAAUCAGUCAAUAAGAAAGUUUCACCACCUCAACGACCGAAUCCACCAAGAUUAUUUAACUUAACCGGGAAACCAGGUGAUUUACCAGCUCCAGGAUCUGUUCUAACUAGUGGUUUAUCGGAAUUAAGUAAAACACCAAUGAAUUCAUCAAAACGUCCACAAACUACACCAAAUUUAAACAGUGGUGUAAACAGUCCACGUUUGCAAACAAUCGAUAAAGCUGGUUCAACACAUUAA